AUGCAGAUUUCAUUGAGUACCUGCGGACCUCGCAACAAUACGGUCCCGAUGCGGCUGCAUCGACUUUGUGGACUUGGCAAACCUGCACCGAAUUCGGCUAUUUCCAGUCCUCCUGAUUCCAGUUACAGCAUCUUUGGGAGCCCAACUCCAGUGAACAUGUUUACCAAAAUGUGCACAGACGUGUUCGGUGAAAAGUACACUGCGGCUGCUAUUCAAAACAGCAUCACCAGAACGAAUCAUCGAUACGGUGGAAAAGAGCGCUAUAGGCAUGGGACAAACGUUGUCAUCCCGAAUGGAUCCGUGGAUCCUUGGCAUGCCCUCGGCAAGUACACCUCCAACGAUCCGUCCGUAGUUUGGUAUCUUAUAAACGGAACAGCUCACUGCGCUGACAUGUACCCAGCCCGACCGGAAGAUGUACCUGAUCUCGCUAAUGUGCGACGUCUCAUUGAGGACAACAUCGCCAAAUGGAUUUCUGGAGCACCAACAUCCACUCCUCCCGCACCAACACCCACCCCGCCCGUUUCACCUACAACGAAGACAACGAAACGUACAGUAAAUCCCAUCCAGCCCAGCUCAACGACCACUACACCUACCGAAAAUCCUUCCAAUGAUGGUUCCUGGGUCAUCGCUCUGUCCGUUUUAUGCUGGACCAUCGUUCAGUCCCUUUUGUGA